UGUGUGUAUAUAUAUGUGCCAUGAGUAAGCUUACAUGCAGUCAUUAGGCAGAUUAAUACGGCACUAUGUCUUUCUUUAGUUUUUUUACAUUAAUUUUAACAUUUCAACUUUUCUGUGCAUCUGGCACCUCAAUGGUCAAACUUCAGAAUGGUGGCUAUGAAGAUAUUGUCUUUGCAAUUAACCCAGGACUGCGAGAGAAUGUGAAAAUUAUUGAAAAUAUUCAGAAUAUGAUAAAAGAGGCUACACAGUAUUUGUUCAGUGCUACAAAGAACAGAGUCUUUAUAAGGAGUGUAAAAAUCUUAAUUCCUAUGACCUGGCCAAAAAAGAACUAUAUAAAGGCAAAAACAGAAACCUAUGAUAAGGCAGAUGUGAUCAUUGCCAGCCCUCACGUCAAGUUUGGAGAUGACCCAUAUACUUUGCAGUAUGGUGGAUGUGGGGAACCAGGAAAAUACAUUCAUAUGACACCAGACUUCUUGCUGAAAGACAAUCUGAUUUCAAGUUAUGGACCUCGAGGGAGAGUGUUUGUCCAUGAAUGGGCUCACCUACGAUGGGGCGUGUUUGAUGAAUACAACUAUGAAAAACCCUUUUAUAUUGCUUCAAAUAAGAAAGUAGAAGCAACAAGAUGUUCAACUGAUAUCAUUGGUACCUACAUUAAACAAUUUCAAGGAAAAGCCUGCAAUUUCAACCCACAAACAGGCCUUUAUGAAGACGACUGUGUAUUUGUACCUGAAAGGAACCAGGCUGCCAAAUCAUCUAUUAUGUAUUUACAAGGACUGCCUCCUGUUACUGAAUUUUGUGAGAAGAACCAUAACACUGAGGCUCCAACAUUGCAGAACCGGAUCUGUAACUCCCGUAGCACAUGGGACGUCAUCAUGAACUCCACAGACAUAAAGUCCACUCCUCCAAAGGCCGACUCCAAUCUUCCAGUUCCCACCUUCUCCCUGCUGCAGAGUUCUGAUAGAGUUUUGACUCUGGUGCUUGAUGUGUCUGGAAGUAUGGCCAGUGAUGAUCGAAUUGGGCGACUAUACCAGGCAGCAGAAGUGUUCCUGAUGCAGAUCGUUGAAGAGGCCUCUUAUGUUGGGAUUAUCACGUUCUCAACCACUGCAGCUGUCCUUUCCAAUCUGGUACAAGUAAUUGAUAACACUCAGAGGAAUAAACUAAAGUCUCUCCUUCCAACAACUGCUGGUGGGGGAACAGACAUUUGCCUGGGAAUUAGGAAGGGCAUUGAGAUAAACAAACAGUAUGAUGGAUCAUCUUACAGCACUGAGCUAGUCGUCCUAACAGAUGGAGAAGAUAACUAUGACACAUCUAAGUGCUUUAAUGAUAUAACCGAUAGUGGAUCGAUCAUUCAUGUCAUUGCUCUGGGUCCAAAUGCAGCCAAGGAACUUGAAACAAUUGUAAAAAUGACAGGAGGAUUACAGUUUCUAGCAACAGAUAAAGUAGAUGCUCAAGGAUUAAUUGAUGCUUUCAGCAGCCUUAAAGCUGGAGAUGGGACAACUGCCCAGCAAGCUAUCCAGCUGGAGAGCUCUGGCUCAGUUCUUAGCCCAAACAAUUGCUUAACUGGCACAGUCUUUAUUGACAAGACAGUGGGGAAUGGAACGUUCUUUCUUGUCACAUGGGUAAACUUGGUACCAAGCAUCACUCUAAUAGACCCAAAUGGUAAGGUAUACACGUCUAAGGAUUUUACCUCCGACACAACUUCAAAAUCUUCCAGACUUGGAGUUCCUGGAACAGCUGAGAUAGGAGCUUGGCAAUACAACCUGUGCAAUACUCAUACAGCAAGUCAAGCCAUUGGCAUUUUGGUGACAUCGAGAGCAGCAGAUGAAAAUGUACCUCCGAUAACAGUGAAUGCUCAUAUGAACAGGAAUGCAAACAACUUCCCUGAGCCAAUGGUUGUCUAUGCAUCAGUAAAUCAAGGACUGUUGCCUGUGGUAGGCGCAAAUGUAACAGCCAUUAUUGAACCAAUAAAUGGAAAUUCAGUCACUUUAGAACUCUGGGACAAUGGAGCAGGUCCUGAUGUUUUAAAGAAUGAUGGAAUCUACUCAAGAUACUACACAGAAUUUAAAGGAAAUGGAAGACACGGUUUAAAAGUGCGAGUAGAAAACAGCAAGAAGAAAAGCCGACUGGCACUGCCAAGGAGCCGAGCUCUUUAUAUUCCUGGCUAUUUAGAAAAUGGGGCAGUAACCAUGAAUCCAUCACGGCCAGUCAUUAAUGAUGAGGACCUUAAUGUGGGACAAUUCAGUAGAACAGCUUCUGGAGGAUCGUUCAUAGUAAAUAAUGUACCUACAGGUCCUCAGCCAGACUUGUAUAAACCCGAGAAAGUAACUGACCUGGAGGCAAAAAUAGAAGAAAACACGAUUGUGUUGACCUGGACAGCGACUGGGGAUGACCUGGACCAGGGAACUGUUUCAGGAUAUGACUUAAGAAUGAACACGAAUCCCAGUGACCUGAGAAACAGUUUUGACAAUUCUAUGACAGUCAAUACUUCCAGUCUAAUGCCACAAAUAGCUGGAUCCAGUGAAUCGUUUACAUUUGUUCCAGGUGACAUUACAAUAGAAAAUGGCACCAUCAUUUAUUUUGCGCUCAUUGCUUUUGAUAAAGUUGCACAGAAAUCUGAUCUGUCAAAUAUAGCACAAGCGGCUCUGCUCAUUCCUCCAACACCUGCUACAGAUGACAGUUCUGGGACCCUGGACAUAACAUUCCUGACGCUGAUAGUUUGUUCAUCUGUCAUUAUUAUUUGUAUUAUUGUAAGUAUUACUGUGUGUGCUGUGAACUGUCGGAAGAAAAAACAUAACCCAGAAAUGAGGAUGUAAAUAAAAUAUUAUUGCAAAUAUAUAAAAUUUUACAAUAUCAAAUGCCUGUAAAACAUGAAUGCCUUUCAUUUUACAUUUGAAUCUCAUAAAGUAGCUCAAAAUUAGUGGGACCGGAUUAAAGUGUUAAAGACGUCAUUGGUCAGAUGUAACUGAGGCUUUAGCUACCAACCUGGGCGCUCCUCGUACUGUAGACCCAGUAGUUUGUUUGCUGCAAGUAAAAGAUGAAUUAAUACUUACUAUUGUUGUACUUCUGUCUACACUUGGUGAAUAGCGCUCUAUCACUGAUUACGGUAACGUCAUCAGACAAAGGGGGGCACAUUUACUUAGCUCGAGUGAAGGAAUAGAAUAAAAAAAACUUUGAAUGAUUCGGCUACUUCGACCUUCAACUACGUCUUCAAAUCAAACGAUUCGAAGUAAAAAUCGUUCGACUAUUCGA